UACUCCUCCACCCCUCUGUCAUCCUUUCUCCCUUUUACUCUCCCUCCUUCCCUCAUUCCCAGUCAUCUUUCAAGUCGUAAAAAUGAUUUGCAUGCAGGAAGAGAGCAGAACUUUGCAGUGAACACAGUGAGUGAAUUGGGAAGAGUACGAGAGAGAAGUGAAAGAAAGACUAAAAAGGACAGGAAGCGCAUUCUGGAGCGUAGGAGGAAAAAGUUUCAAGAGAAGACUGCAGUUGAAAAUGAGUUUGGAGGAGGCGUGGUGAGACGUUCCUCUCCGGCUGAAAGUCAGUAGGUCACGGCGGGAGCACAGGACUGGACCAAAGAGCUGUCUCAACCCCAAACCCUUUCAGAUGGAGGUGGGUGCAGACGAUAAGCGCCAUCGAACACGCUCCAAAGUGCCUGUGGAUCCAGCAUUAACAGAGCUUUUCAGUGUGUACGGCUGCCCCCAGGCCAAGAAGAGAAAGAGUCUAGACAGACAAACCCUGGAAACGUCCCCCAAGAGGAGCACCUACCUAGAUGACAUGGACAACUCCACCAUGGAGGAGUGCUACGAGACAGACGGAACCGAGGAGAUGGACGACAGGGAGGAAGAGGAGGAGGAAGGAGCCGUAGAGGAGGACGAGGAAGAGGGUGAAGUGCACGAAGAAGAGGAGGAGGUGGAAGGCUACAUGGACUACAAUGAGGAGCAAAUGGAGCACGAAGAAGGAGAGGUGGAGAGAGGGGAUGCAGAUGCAGAGGCUGAGGAAGAGGAGGACGAAGAGGAGGAAGUAGAGGUGGAGCAAGAAGAGGAGGAAGAAGAGGCUGAUGAAGAGAGGGUGGAGGAGGCAGAGGACGAGGAAGAAGAGGAGGAUGCAGUAGAGGAAGUGGACUAUGAUGAUGGCGAGGAGGAGGAAGGAGAGCAGAAUCAAGAGCAAGAGGACGAUCAGAUGAGCAUCAGCGAGGGGGGCCAGGGCGACCGUCGAGGUGGUGGUGGCAACGCGAAAUCUGGCCCAGCAGGGGAGAAGGACAAUAACAACAACGAAGAGUACGAGAACUACGACGAACUCGUGGCCAAGUCCCUCCUCAACCUGGGCAAGAUCGCAGAGGACGCUGCCAACCGAGCCUUGACGGAAUCUGAGAUGAACAGCAACUCCUCUAACAGCGCUGAGGAAGAGGAUGACGAUGAUGAAGAAGAGGAUGAGGAGGAUGAGGAGGACGAAGAGGAGGAGGAGGAAGAAGACGAAGAGGAGGAAGAGGAAGGGGAUGGACCACAGAGGGGGGAUCUGAGUUUGGACGUCGACAGUGACGUGGUUCGGGAGACAGUGGACUCCCUAAAACUUCUGGCACAGGGUCACGGUGCUGUGCUGUCUGACAAUUUAGACGGACAGGAGUUUGAGGACGGCGCUGAGAACGAUUUUCCUCGCCACGGGCACAAUGGUGGCAAUGGACAAGUUAAGAUCAACAGUAACGGACAAAUAGAGAACAGCGACGAGGAGGUCUGUUUAAGCAGUCUGGAGUGCCUACGGAACCAAUGCUUCGACUUGGCGCGGAAACUAAGCGAAACAAAGUCCACUGACCGAAACGGACCACCGGGGCAAAACCAUUUUUCGUGCGGGGAUCCCAAUCAACCGUCCCAGCAUCACAACUAUGGGAAUUUCCACCACAGCCAAGACGACAGGCGGUCGCUUGAUAGAAACUAUUCUGACAUGGACAAUCUCCUGAAGCUGGAGGAGCAGCUGAGCCCACGCUCCAAGGCCUUUGCCAGUUGCGCGCAGGAAAAUCGAUAUCACACCAACCUGCGGGACUUUGACGAGGACACGGCCUCUGUGACGUCGGAUCGAUCAGAAGAAGUGUUUGACAUGACAAAGGGUAACCUGUCUCUGUUGGAGAAGGCCAUUGCACUAGAGUCAGAACGCGCCAAGGCAAUGCGGGAUAAAAUGGCGGCCGAGGCUGCCAGGAGAGACGGGGUGAGGUACAGCCAUGACGACCAUGGCCAUCGGCACGGCUACGGUGUGGAGCGUAAAGCCCGGCUUCCUGACGGUAUGAAGAAGCCUUUCUACCAUAAAGAUGUUUCACGUGCGGACAAGAAGGAAAGUCGAUGUCCGACACCGGGGUGUGAUGGCACGGGGCACGUGACGGGCCUGUACCCCCACCAUCGGAGUCUGUCGGGCUGUCCGCACAAAGACAGGGUGCCACCAGAAAUCGUGGCUAUGUAUGAGAAUGUUCUUAAGUGUCCUACGCUGGGCUGCACGGGACGCGGCCAUGUCAAUAGCAACAGAAACUCCCACCGAAGUCUUUCGGGGUGUCCCAUCGCUGCAGCCGAGAAGCUGGCCAAAGUGCAGGAGAAGCACCAGGGCUGCGAUCUUCCCAAAUCCAACCAGGCCUCUGACCGAGUCCUAAGGCCUAUGUGCUUUGUCAAACAACUGGACUAUCCACAGUAUGGUUACAAGAACAAUGUCUCCACCAGCACGCCCCGCUCCAACCUGGCCAAGGAGCUGGAGAAGUACUCCAAGACCAGCUUCGACUACAGCGCGUUCGACAGCAGCAACAACCACCCAGUGUACGGGAAACGGGCCAUCGCACCCAAAGUUCACGGGCAGAGAGACUCCUCCCCCAAAGGAUAUGACGCCAAGCGCUACUGCAAGACGUCCAGCUCGGCCAGCAGCACCACCAGCACCUACGCGCCCAGCAGCAGCAGUAGCAGCCUGAGCUGUGGAGGAGGGGGCGCGGGAGGAGGCAGAGGGGGCGGGGGCAGCAGCGCCAGCAGCACUUGCAGCAAGAGCAGCUUCGACUUCAGUCACGACAUGGAGGCUGCCCACAUGGCCGCCACCGCCAUCCUCAACCUGUCCACACGCUGCCGAGAGAUGCCCCACGGCCUGGGGGGGAAGCCUCAGGACCUUUGCUCGCAGAGUCCGGGUCUUGAUGUCGAUGAGAACGGUACCUUGGACCUGAGUAUGAGCAAGCGUCUGUGCAGCGGCGGAGGGGACUCGGUGCUCACCCCUCUGGAGCCCAUGUCCCCCCAGAGGCAAGCUGCCCUGCUGGGCUCCCGCUGCUACGGCAUGGGGGACGCCGCAGACUGCUGGGACCUGCCUGUAGACUACACCAAGAUCAAACACAUAGACGAGGAUGAGAAAGAAUCGGAUGACCUGGACCCCUUCCAUGACCUGCUGGAGGACCGCUCCUUCACCACAGAUGUUAACAUGCCCAACCCCAAGCCCAAGUACGCCCAGUGCAAGGAGAGUAAGAAGGACCUGAUAACAUGUCCCACACCGGGGUGUGAUGGAAGUGGUCACCUGACGAGCAAUUUCACCACACAUCGAAGUCUCUCAGGUUGUCCUUUAGCUGAUAAAAGCAUUCGAAGUAUGCUGGCCAACAACGCGCAAGAGCUCAAGUGCCCGACACCAGGGUGCGAUGGUUCGGGACAUAUCACUGGCAACUACGCCUCACACAGAAGUCUCUCAGGGUGUCCACGGGCUAGAAAAAGCGGGAUAAAGAUCAUCCACAGUAAAGAGAACAAGGAGGACCAGGAGCCUAUCAGGUGUCCUGUCCCAGGAUGUGAUGGUCAGGGACACGUGACAGGAAAGUAUGCGUCUCACAGAAGCGCUUCAGGAUGUCCCAUAGCAGCAAAGAGACAAAAGGACGGCUACAUGAACGGCAUCCAGUUCACGUGGAAGUCCGGCAAGACAGAGGGCAUGUCCUGCCCCACACCGGGCUGCGAUGGCUCGGGCCACGUUAGCGGCAGCUUCCUCACACAUCGGAGUCUGUCGGGUUGUCCACGUGCCACCUCCGCCAUGAGGAAAGCACGGCUCUCCGGAGUGGAGAUGCUGACAAUAAAGCAACAUGCCAGCAACGGACUGGAGCAUGAGGAGGAUAUCAAACAGCUGGAUGAAGAAAUCAAAGAAUUAAGUGAAUCCAAUUCACAAGUGGAGGCGGACAUGAUCAAACUUCGAACACAGAUUACAACAAUGGAGUCCAACAUGAAGUCAAUAGAGGAGGAAAACAAGGUGAUUGAACAGCAAAAUGAAUCUCUCCUGCAUGAGCUGGCCAACCUCAGCCAGUCACUGAUAAACAGUUUAGCUAAUGUCCAGCUCCCUCAUAUGAAACCUCUGGCACACAAAGAGCCUCCUCUGAGGAAUAACAGCUGCUUACAGUUGCACCAGCAAGAGCCAAUCAGCGAGCAGAACUUUGACGCAUAUGUCACCACUCUAACGGACAUGUACACAAACCAAGACCAGUUCCAGAGCCCGGAGAACAAAGCCUUGUUGGAAAACAUCAAGCAAGCGGUUCAAGGGAUUCAAGUGUAACCACCCAGCAGAGGGAGAUUUUUGUUCCCCCAAUCCACACACACACAGGCGCUGAUGGUGCGGUGCAGUAUCUUACAUAGUGUUAUAUAUUCUAAAUUGUGUUCUCUCAAAAAAAGAGGUAUGAUGCUACGAACACCUCGAGAUAAUUUCUUUCUUUUUCGUUUCUUUUUGGGCCUUGCUUUGAGGAAGAACAUAAAAUAUGGAACGGCAAAAUAGUUUUUGAGGACAUUCACAUUUUGUACGUUUUCAUAUGAGCUGACAUAGUGUCAUGUAAUGUUUCUAGCUGCUCAUGUAUGCACAUUUUUAGUGUAUAUUUCUGAACAGUAAGCUAAUGCUAACGGGACGUGAGUUCUUUUUAUUGCUUGACAACAAAGCAUUUUAGAUGAAAACAAACUGGACAGUGGUAUGAAAAUGAAAAAAACUACAAGCAAGGAGGAAGCUACUUAUUUUUCUCCUCACUGGAUGAUUUUGGACUUGAUGAUUUUAGAUGUUUUCUUUCUUGUUCUUCUUGCGUGUAGAUUGUUCAAGAGCAAGAUCUGGUUUGCCAUCGCUUUAUUUUCUGACAAUGCUUGAGAAACGUUUUGUGUUUUGUUUUGAUGAAAAAAAAAGACGUGUAGCUGUAGGUGGGGGCAUUUUUAAUUGGUGCUGUAAAUGAAUCUGGAGAGGAAACUGACCUGAUGUAUGUAUGAAUGUAUGUAUGAAUAGUUCUAUUGUAAACAUCAUUACACGGAAACCCGAUGGUGGAAAUCCCAUUAUCUAGGAGAGCCAAUUAAUUCCUAGAGGAACACAUCUGUGCGGUGCAUGUAUGUUCACAUGCUCAACCUAAACUAAUCUCAAACAGAAAUGAUGUGUAAAGACAAUGACUUAUAGAAUACACAUUCUAGCCUUUCUAGUUCAAAUCUGCUCAAUUUUCGAGACUUGUGUUGCUAGGAUCAAGAAACGUCUCAGCAAUAUAAUAACUAAAUCAUUUGUUUAUAGUAAGAACGGGAUGCAAUCUACAACGGAAGAAAAAAAAGGUUGGGUAUAUGCAAUUUCUUGUUUAUAAGCAUAGCGGGGUAACAUGAAUCUUUUUAAUAUAUCCUAUGUACAAUAUUGAUUUUUAUACAAAUCUUUUAAUACAAAAAGUCUUUUUAAAAAAGAGGAGGACACCUGGACAUUGAGUUUUAGAAGGGAAAGUAUAUGAGUUUUUUUCUGUACGAUUUUGCACAGGGACACCUUCGUUUCCAUGUUUUGAUGUUCUUACAGAAACUAAAAGCAGUACCCGAGAGCCUAAACGGAGGGUUUCAGAGGGUUUUGUAAAGAGUAUUUAUAGAGUAUGACAGAGGGACUUACAGGGUCACUGUCCCCACUUAUGUGCCAGUAGACUAUUUGCACUUGUCCUUGAAGAUAUUAUCCUUGCGUACGGCGGCGUGCAAUUUUCCAGACGACCUCUUUGGCACACGAUUGGAGCAACCAACUGCUUGGAGCCACUGUAGGCGUGGAUUUAGUACCACUGAGAAGGAAGAACAGGGACUUGAAAUCAGAGAAGAGGAUGAUUAUAACCAUAGCAGUUAUACUGUAGGCUAUUAUCAAAUGUAAAAACAUUGUUCUUUCAUUUUUGCUAUGUUUUAGGAAGAUGAAGUUAUCCCCCAGCAGCACUUUAUAUCUAAUCACUGUACAAAGGAUUAAAUAGUCAAUCAAAUCAAGGUUUUAAAAAAAGCUGAAGAAACGGUGAAAACGAGACCUUCGAGGGGUGAUACAAUCCAGCGACGAGCCCACAUGCCUGGCUGUGUGCACCCCUCCAUUCUGUUGUUCUAGUUGUUAGCGAUCAUGUUCAGAAUUGCCUUUUUGAGAGCUAAUGCAAAAGGUGCUUGUCGUUCACCUGAUUGAAUCUCAUCUAUUGUACUUUACUGUCCUCUUUCAGGACUCUACUACCCAUCAUCCAUGACUGCAUACGCCUUUUUCCACAGCAUCGUGUCUGCAGCUUUUUGCCAAUAUAGUAAUGCUUCAGUAGAGUAAUAGCUAGUACCAGUUUUUGAAUUGAUUCUCAUUAUCAGUAAAAAGGGAAAUGGAUUUUAAAGCACAAACCGGCUGCUCAUCUGAUGUUGGUACAUAAAUAACAAAUCUGAAUAGUUAUCUGUGACUAUCUAUAGGGAACACAAAAAGGUUGUCACAUAUUUAGAAAGCUGACUUUUCAUAUAAAAUUAUUGUGAAUUCAUCAGAGUUUAUUAUUUAGUUUGAGCCAAUUCAUUUUUGGGAUUGUUUUCAGUGACCAUUAACAAAGACAGGAUUUUGUAUAAACUAUUGUGCUCUCUGUGGAACUGAAGUUUGAUUUAUUUUUGUACUACACAGCAUGGAUUUGUUGACAUUUUAAUUUUGCUAUAAAUGUGUGAGAUCACAAGUUGCUGUGAUAUUUCAUUUAUAAAUUGUGAACUUUGUACAAUUUUUGUCAUGCUGGAUGUUGACACAUCUUACUCUGAAUAAAGAAAAAAUGUGUUGCCAGAG